GAACAUCCUCUCAAUCGAUUUGUGUAGAAUGUAGAGGAAAUAGGAGAUAGAGAUGGAGAUGAGAAGCAGUGAAGAGAUAGAAAUAGGGAGAGACAUAACCCCAACACUCACUCCUCUCUCUUUCUCACUCCACAAUUCCCAUCUUCACACUCACUGCUCUGCUUGUUUCUCUCCCAAUCCCAAUCCCUAUUCCCUCUUCUUCUGCUCCCCUCCCUGCUCCGCCGCACUCUCCUCCUCCUCCUCCGCCGACCGCCACCUCCCUCCCUCCGCCCACACCGCCGAACUCCGCGCCGCCCUCCGCCUCCUCCUCCGCCCCUCCCCCUCCGCCCUCCUCUCCAACCGCCGCAUCCUCACAGCUCACCAAGACGACGACGUUUCCCAGAAUAUCAGGGUCGGCGCCAGCGCCGUUGCCCAUGCCAUAGCGGAGCAGCGCGGCGUCCCCUACGACGACGCCGUUUUGGAGGAGGCCACGGUCGCGCUCUGCGUCGUGCUAACGAACGCCGUGGAGGUGCAGGAUAGCGAGGGGCGCGCCCUGGGAAUCGCUGUCUUCGACCACACCUUCUCUUGGAUCAACCACAGUUGUUCCCCCAAUGCUUGCUACCGUUUCAUCCUCUCUUCUCAUUCUUCUUCGCAAUGUGAGGGAGCUGCACUGCGCAUUUCUCCGCAUCAAAUGGGCAGUGGAGUUCGUGUUAGCACUAGUGAAUUUGUAAAAGGCGAGUUGGGUUAUGGUCCAAGAUUGGUUGUGAGAAGUAUCAAGAAAAUUAAAAAGGGAGAAGAGGUUACUGUGGCUUAUACUGAUCUCUUACAGCCCAAGGCAAUGAGACAGUCGGAGCUAUGGUCAAAGUAUAGAUUUAUUUGUUGCUGCAAACGAUGUAGUGCCCUGCCCUUUUCAUACGUAGAUCAUGCAUUGCAAGAAAUUUCUGCUUUCAGUUGUGAUUCAUCUAGUUCAUGUGAUGAUUACAAGUUCCUCAAAGAGACGGCUGAUAGAAGAUUGACCGAGUGCAUUGAUGAUGUCAUAUCAGAGUAUCUUUCUGUUGGUGAUCCUGAGUCUUGUUGUGAGAAGCUUGAGAAGAUACUCACACAAGGUCUAAAUGAUCAGUUAGAAGGCAUUGAAGGAAAAGCAGAUGCUAAAUUCAUGCUGCAUCCCCUACAUCACCUCUCUCUAGAAGCCUAUACAACACUGGCUUCAGCAUAUAGAGUUUGUGCUAAUGAUUUAUUGUCUGUUGAUUCUGAAAUAGAUAUAAACCGGUUAAAAGCUUUUGACUUGAGCAGGACAAGUGCUGCAUAUUCUUUGUUACUUGCAGGUGCAACUCAUCAUCUCUUCAAUUCUGAAUCCUCACUGAUUGCAUCUGUUGCAAAUUUUUGGACAGGAGCUGGCGAAUCUUUGUUAUCCCUUAGCAGAAGUUCUGGAGGGAGUGUGUGCGUUAAUAUUGGUCGGGUUGUUCCAAACCUCGCUUCUGUGACGAAAUUCAAAUGGUCGCAGUGUUCAUUAAUAGAUAGGUUUAGAGCCUGUAUAUCAAGUGGUCAAAUUAAAAGUGCAGAUUUUGAGAAUGUAUCAAAUGAGUUUCUUCAUUGUGUCUCAGAUAUGACACAGAAAGUUUGGGGUUUCCUUAUCUCUGAUUGCCAUUUUCUGAGAUCAUGUAAAGAUCCUAUUGAUUUCAGCUGGCUAAUGUCUACCAAAAGUUUCAGUGCAGUGGAUAUUGAGACUUGUGUUAACAAAACUGACAUGUGUUACACCCAUGGAUAUGAAAAUAACAUCUGUAUUUUUGGAGAAGAAACUUACACUGAUCAUGCAGUAGCAUGUAUUUUCCGGCUUGGCUUACACUGCUUAGCAUAUGGAGGAUUAUUAGCUAGUAUUUGUUAUGGCCCCCAUUCCCAUUUGGUUUGUCAUGUUCAAAAUGUUCUAGAUCAUGAAAUGAAUUUUGUAUAUCAUGAAGAAUCUUGAAAGAUCUUGUACAACACCUUGUGAAAAAUCUGAGUGUUAACAUGAAUUUCGAAUAUUUUUUUAUUUA